GGCGUUCCUCGUCAGACCCGCCUCCCGUGUUCAAAUUCGAACCGCUUCCCCGGCAGCUUCACAACGGCCACCGUGCUCUUCGCCUCAUCCCGAUCUACUCCGCGCCUUCGACCCCGCCCCGUCCCGUGUACCGCGUAGCCUCUCCCCAAUGGCGAGCGCCGCCUCCUCAUCCUCCUCCUCCUCGCAGCCAGUGCGCGUCGUGCUGCGGGUGCGCCCGCUCCUCCCCUCGGAGGCCAGCUCGGCAGCGGUGCCCCCCUGCGUCUCCCUCAUCGGCGACCACCCCGGCGGCGAGGUCACCGUCCAGCUCAAGGAUCAGCACACCAGCCGGAGCGAGUGCUACAAGGUGGACGCCUACUUCGGCAAGGAGGACAGGGUCUCCGACGUAUUCGACCAGGAGGUCAGCGCCCUGAUCCCGGGCAUCUUCGAGGGCAUCAACGCGACCGUGUUUGCCUAUGGGGCAACGGGCAGCGGCAAGACCUACACCAUGCAGGGCAGCGAAGAUCUGCCGGGUCUCAUCCCCUUGUCGGUCGCGACGAUCCUGGCGCGCUGUACCGGCACGUGGUGCUCCGUCGAGAUCUCAUACUACGAGGUGUACAUGGAACGGUGCUAUGACUUGCUCGAGCCCAAGGCGAAGGAGAUCAUGGCACUGGAUGACAAAUUUGGUAACCUGCAGCUCAAGGGCUUGGCUUGGGUCCCCGUGCGAUCCAUGGAGGAGUUUCAGGAAGUCUACUCGAUAGGUGUGCAGAGGAGGAAAGCCGCCCACACAGGCCUGAACGAUGUUUCAAGUAGAAGCCACGCUGUGGUUUCUAUAAGGGUCAGUAAUGAUACUGUCAAAGGGAAGCUUAACCUCAUCGACCUUGCUGGAAAUGAGGACAAUAGAAGGGCUUGCAAUGAAGGGAUCCGCCUUCAAGAAAGCUCUAAAAUCAAUUCAUCGCUGUUUGCAUUGUCUAAUGUCAUUUCAGCUCUCAAAAACAAUGAGUCACGGGUACCUUAUAGAGAGAGUAGAUUGACCCGCAUUCUGCAAGAUUCUCUAGGAGGCAAUAGCCGUGCUGUGAUGAUAGCUUGCCUGAAUCCUGUGGUAUACCAGGAGGCAGUCCACACAAUAGGUAUGGCUGCUCGUUCAGGACAUAUGGUGACCAACAUGGCUUCAGCAAGCAAGGAACACACUCCAAAAGUAAAGGUGGACAUGGAAGCAAAAUUGCAGUUGUGGCUGGAAUCAAGGGGGAAAACUAAGAGCACCCAAAGAAUGAAUGGACUUUUCUCCCCAACCGGAUGGAGGACUCCUUCUUCCAUGAGCCAUGUGAAACAACCGCUAUCUGCCCGGGUGUCUGGAAGAGCUAAAGCAACGGACCAAGACGGUGCUAAGAUAAAAAAGGUACUUUUUGAUUCAGCAGUCCAUACAGCAGUUGAAAACACACCAAAGCCAAGCUCACGAGAUGAAGCAAAGACAACUAAGAAAGAGGUACCCCCUUCGUUAACACCUUGCAAAGAGGACAAGUCUGAAUCUCCUUUUAGGAAAGCUCUUUCUCCCAUUCCUCCAAACAUGAUGACUCCUUGUAAUGUCAAUUACCCUCCAUUGGAGCCCAAAACUCCAAUAGGAGCAUGUCACAUAGUUGAGAAGAAUCCAGAUGGUACACCUCUUGAUAAGUUUAAUGCACUUGGAUCUAACCUAAAGGAAUCUCUUAUUCAACAAUAUCUCGAGUUCUUAAAUGUUGCGAACAAGGAAGAGCUACAGCAACUAAAAGGAAUUGGUGAAAAGAGAGCGGAGUACAUUCUUGAGCUCCGGGAGGAUUCGCCCAGACCAUUCCAAUCUCUUUCGGACUUGGGGAAUAUAGGUCUAUCAACGAAACAAAUCCAAGACAUCCUGCGGAAAACAGCCACAGGAAUCUUCAAAUGAUCACUGGAAUGGACUCUUGCCUGAAAACACAGAAUGGACUGCCGUUUCUACCACCUUGGAGAUGCUGGGUCAUAUUGUUCACCAUCUGUGACCCAAUGGAUGGGGUUGUACCUGUACUGUGAACUGUCAGCCUGUCGUUGACAUAGUUGUAGUUGUACUAUUAACAGUCGGCCUGCUGCUGAUGCUAUUGCUAGGGCAAUGGGUCUUGUUGCAAUUUUCUCUUGUAAUUUUCCCUUUGCAAAUUUUCUCUUGUAAUUUGUCUUCCUGAAUGGUUUGUCUUCUUGAUGUGAUGCAAAUUUUCUCUGGAAUCUGAUAUAUUGAAUGGCUUGCAUAUUAGCUUC